AUGGCAGAACAAAGUGUUGUCGUCGAUGAGCCUAUUCUCGACGAUGAUUUUGAAGGUGUUCUAGCAGAAAUCACGGAGAUGGAGCAAAACCACGAAAGGAACAAACUUAUUGGAAUGAGAGAAGUCUUCCCGCAACUUUCGGAGGCGACGAUUCGUGAACACUUGCAUUUGGAUGAAGAGCCACUUUUCCUUCGUUUAGACGAACUUGCUAAAUCGAUGACGCCAAAAGUCGAGCCAGCAAACGUCAAUAGCAAGGUCGCCCCAAAGCCAUCAUAUACAGCUGCUGAACAAGUCAUCAACCCAGAAGAGAUCCAAAGAGAAAUGCUGAAAGAAAAGCUAUGGUCAAAAUUGCGUGCUUUGGGAGAAAAACAGAAGUCCGAAGAGGAAGUGCAACGUACGACAAUAGAAGAGACGAAAAUCAGCAUGUUUCUACGUGAUGCUUUUUCCACGAGCCGACAAUGUGCAAUCAAUGAGAAAUUCAUUCCCGAAAAGCUUCCAAGGGAAUCCGAAUCUAAUGCGAUGCGAAUGAAAGAGGCAAAUGAAAAGCACAAUGUUCAGCUUCCACAGAUGGCAAACCAGAAAUGGACCAAGCACGAAACAAUGAUAAACGCUGAUUUUUUUACCGCAGUUUUUGCUCUUACGCAGUUUGAAUGCCCGAUUUGCUGUGUUACAAACGUUGAUAGCGAUGGUGUUUUUUGCAGAAAUUUUGACUCGAAUGACAGGGAAGAUACUUCACAUCCUUUCUGCAAGGGUUGCGUGAAACAACAUGCGAUGACUUCGAUCAAAUUGAACCAUUGCUUAACUCGGACGAAACAUGGCACAUUG